AUGUCUUCCCCAGGAGUGCAGUUACACAUCCAACGACACCAUGUGGUGAUGGAUAAUGGUAUUGUCCAAGUUACAUUAUCAAAACCAGAUGGAAUUGUCACUGGAAUACGAUAUAAUGGUGUUGACAAUUUGCUUGAAGUUCUCAAUAAGGAGACUAAUAGAGGGUAUUGGGAUCUUGUUUGGAGUGCACCAGGAGUCAAAGGGGGCUUUGAUGUGAUUAAAGGAACAUGUUUCGAAGUUAUAGUUCAAAACGAGGAUCAAGUGGAGGUAUCAUUCAAAAGAAUGUGGGAUCAUUCUCUUGAGGGAAAGUAUGUCCCCUUAAAUAUUGACAAAAGAUUCAUUUUGCUCCGUGGUUCAUCGGGCUUCUACUCUUAUGGAAUUUAUGAGCACUUACACGGAUGGCCAGAUUUUGAUCUAACUGAAACGAGGAUCACUUUCAAGCUUAGAAAAGACAAGUUUCAGUACAUGGCUAUGGCUGACAAUAGGCAAAGGAUUAUGCCUUUUCCAGAAGAUCGGAUGCCAGGAAGAUGCCAACACUUAGCCUACCAAGAAGCUGUUCUACUAGUCAAUCCUAAGGAUCCACAAUUGAAAGGGGAGGUGGAUGACAAGUAUCAAUAUUCAUGUAAAAAUAUAGACAAUAAAGUCCAUGGGUGGAUAUCUUUCAAUCCACCUGUAGGAUUCUGGCAGAUCACACCUAGUGAUGAGUUUCGUUCUGGUGGACCCUUCAAGCAGAACUUGACCUCUCAUGUAGGACCCACCACACUGGCCAUGUUUUUUAGUGGUCACUAUGCUGGACAAGAUUUGAUACCCAAAUGGAGAGGUGGUGAACCAUGGAAGAAAGUUUUUGGUCCUGUAUAUAUUUAUCUCAAUUCUGGACCAACCGGUGGUGACCCGCUCGGGCUAUGGGAGGAUGCAAAAAUAAAGAUGGCGACCGAAGUUCAAAGCUGGCCAUAUUUAUUCCCCGCUUCAGAGGAUUUUUUAAAACCAGAUCAACGGGGCAAUGUUAAUGGCAGAUUACUUGUAUUAGACAGGUACAUCAGCACUGACUUAAUACCAGCAAAUGGUGCUUAUGUUGGCCUGGCUCCACCGGGAGAUGCAGGAUCAUGGCAAAGAGAAUGCAAGGACUAUCAAUUCUGGACCAGAGCAGAUGUGAAUGGAUUUUUUACGAUUAGGAAUGUACUUCCUGGUGACUACAACCUUUUUGCCUCGGUACCUGGUUUUGUUGGAGACUACAAAUUCGGUGAUUUUGUGAAGAUAACCUCAGGUUCUUACAUUGAAAUGGGAGAACUUGUAUAUGAACCUCCAAGGGAUGGCCCCACAUUGUGGGAAAUAGGUAUUCCUGAUAGAUCCGCCGCAGAAUUUUACGUUCCUGAUCCCAAUCCACAAUACAUUAAUAAGCUUUUUAUAAACCAUCCCGACAGGUUCAGGCAGUAUGGAUUGUGGGACAGAUAUUCAGAAUUAUAUCCUGAUGCGGAUUUGGUUUACACAAUUGGUGUUAGUGACUAUAGGAAGGAUUGGUUUUAUGCUCAUGUUCCCAGAAAAAGAGAGGAUAACAAUCAUGUAGGAACAACUUGGCAAAUCAAGUUUGAACUCAGUGGUAUUAAUCAAGGAACUACAUAUAAACUGAGAGUUGCAAUUGCAUCUGCAACAUUAGCUGAAUUGCAGGUUCGAGUCAAUGAUCCCAAUGCAGGGCGUCCCGUAUUUACCACUGGAUUAAUAGGAAGGGAGAACUCAAUUGCAAGACUCGGAAGUCAUGGACUUUAUUGGCUGUACCAUGUGAACAUACCAAGUUCUCUUCUUGUUGAUGGCUCAAAUACUAUAUAUUUUACACAGCCAAGAUGCACCAGUCCUUUCCAGGGUUUGAUGUAUGACUAUAUUCGUUUGGAAGGACCUCCUUGUUCUUAA